AUGACGAUCUGCACAUCCUGUCGUAUCGCCCUUCAGCGCAGCAUCACACAUUCUACAAGACUUUUGACAACUCGGUUUAUAACAACAAACUCGUCUACCGCCGCCUCGAUCCUCGAGAAACACACCUGGUCCGUUAGAAGCCUUCUACCAUCCUCGCCAAGUUCAGCCCCUGCAGAAAAGAUCACGCCCUCCCAAUUACACCACCUCCUCCGCCUCUCAGCCCUACCGUUGCCAACUACACCCGAAGACGAAGUUGCCAUGAUCAACACCCUCCAGAGCCAAUUGCAGUUCGUCCGCGCCGUGCAGCGUGUGGACACAACCGGGGUUGAACCCUUACGGGCGAUCCGUGAUGAGACCACAGAGGCUCGACAAGAGGUGACCAUUGGACUUGCUGAAUUGCAAGAAGCUCUGGAUAAGGAGGUUCGUAUAGGGCAUUAUCAAAGGGCGAGGAGGGUUAGAGAGACGAUUGAGUCUGAGGCAGAGAAGUGGGAUGCCCUUAAGACGGCUGGCAAAACAGCUGGAAGAUAUUUCGUGGUUGAGAGCGGGAAGAAUGAUGUGGAGGGUGCUGAGUGA